AUGGACAACACCAUCGCUACGCCUUCCGCUACAUCCAUCACCACUAUCUUGACUACGGUUUUCAUCGCACCUACUCCUACAAGCCCAGUCGAGGUGUCAUUGCCCUCGACUACAAGCAGUGCGGGUGCAGAAGCCACACAAUCGACUACACCACAGUCCAAGCGCGCAACAAUCCUGAUCGGGUUGGGAGUUGGCCUCAUAAUCGGUAUGCUGAUGCUCGGAGGAAUAGCAGGUCUCUUCCUCUGGCGUCGUCGCAAGAACAAACUCAACAAGCUCGAGGCCAGCAACGACAUUCACCUCGAUCCAAACCCCCACAAAGGCUUUGCAAAGUUUUUCAAACUCAAACAACCUAAGGGAAGCGAGGAUACCGAAUGGAGCAUCGAGUCUGCCGAGAAAGUCUCUAUUGUCAAGAACUUCGAAGAGAUCGAAUGCGUUGAGUGA